GUUAGUAGUGGAAGUGGAUGAAGCAACUGUUCAAUUAAAACGCUGUAAGUUUAAUACGCACAAUACGCGAAUCAACAGUGUUGUUUUUAUUGUUUUGCAUGUACAUAUCGUCACGAUCAAGUGAGCAGUGGUUUGGUUUAAGGGGACCGUGCAUAAAGGAUGGUCAGAAUUUUGACCAGCAUCUUUUUAGUUAAUUGUGACUAUUUUAUUUUCAAUCCCAUAAUUAACAGGUUGUCUUGGCGCCUUAAACUAGUGAUAUUCUUAAUGUAUUGCCUCCCCACUGAGCGAGAGGAAAUCAUUGCCGUGAGAAUUUCUAUUUCUCAAUAACGUGGCCCACUUUUCAUGCAGUUUAGUUUAUGUGCAUACACGCGGUGUGUGUGUCUCUCUCUCUCUCAUUCUGCAAAUUUACUCUAAACGGAUCGAUACUUUCCCGGAAGGGUGUUGAGUUUAGUGGUUGUGUAGGAUAUCCGGGUAUCCACGGGAAUACAUACAUAUUCAGUUCGGGAGAGAAACAGACAGACAGAGACUGGUCUGGUCGAGUUGGGAGAAUUGUUUAUUUAUUUAACAAAACGGCUUACUUUUUUUAAGGAAUUUUAAUAAAAUUUGGGAAUAAAUUCUUUGGGAUGGAUUGAUAGUGGAGUGUUUUAGUUUGAAGUUAAGGGGGAAUUAGUGGGGGUGGUGUUUUAGCGUGUGUGUGGAGGAGGGGGGAUUGAGGAUGAGUGGGUGUGGCGCUGUUUUGGGGGAGGAGGAAUUUAUCGCGGCGCUCGAUGUGGGAACGACUACGGUGAAGUGUUUAAUAUUCGAUAAGGCUGCAAGAGUCAGGGGACAGGAGGCGACGCCGAUCCGAAUUGAAUAUCCGAAACCGAGAUGGGUGGAAAUGGACCCCGACGCCUUGUGGGAUAAUGUCGUCUACGUGUUACGUGGUGCUAUACAGGACGCUGGAAUUUCGCCGGGAAAGUUGAGAUGCAUGUCGAUCACGACGCAGAGAUCCUCAUUCCUUUUCUGGGACGCCAAUAAUAACACGCCCAUCACCAAAAUUAUCAGUUGGAAGGACCUCCGCGCCACAGAGUUGGUGCGACGGUGGAACACGUGCCUUUACAUCAGAUCAUUCCGACUUCUGUGUAAAUUCCUCUAUUCGAUUACAAAAAACAAGCGUUACUUGUCGGGUUCCGUGUUGCGCGUGAUGAAUGAACUCGUCGUUAUCAGACUGCUUUGGGUGCUCGAAAACGUGCCCGGCAUCCGCGAAAAAAUCGCCCUUAAUCAAGUCAAGUUCGGAACCCUGGACACUUUUAUAAUUCACAAGUUAACGAAUGGAGAGAAACACGUGACUGAUUUUAGCAACGCGUGCGUAUCCGGGUUUUUCGAUCCUUUCGUUCUAAGCUAUGCCGAGUGGGCACUGAAAAUGUAUCGCAUUCCGUCCUCCAUCCUGCCAAAGUUGGUCCCAAGUUGUGGACCGCAUUUUGGAAAUUGUCGAAUAUUCCCUGGUUUCGAAGUUCCAAUCUUGGCCUCAGUUGCGGACCAAUCUGCCUCCAUGUUCGUCGGGGGAUGGGGAAAGGGGGCCGUGAAAGUGACCUUGGGAACGGGCGCGUUUCUCGACGUGAACACGGGUACUCGGCCGCACUCUGGCGUGGGGGGAAUUUAUCCGCUCGUUGGGUGGAAAUAUGGCGCGGAAAUCGCUUACAUUGCAGAAGGACAGAGUAAAGAUAACGGAAAUCUGGUCGAGUGGGGGAGAACAAUUGGCUUGUACAAUUCCGUCGCGGAGUCGAGCACAGUUGCCGAAUCGGUGGAGGAUACGAACGAUGCUUAUUUUAUCCCGGCGUUUAGCGGACUUCAGGCGCCUUAUAACGACAUGACGGCUACAUCAGGGUUCUUCGGAAUGAGUCCCACAACGACGAAGGCCCAUUUGGCCAGGGCCCUACUCGAAAGUUUGGCCUUCAGGGUGGCCCAGUUGCUCAAUAUUUUGCAAAGAGAAGCGUCCGACAUUGAAUUUGACCACAUUAAGGUAGACGGUGGCGUUGCGAAUAAUGAUUUUGUCCUCCAAACUAUCGCGGAUUUGACGGGAAAACCAGUAAUUCGUCCGGUUUGCAGGGAUAUGACCGCGUUGGGGUGUGCCUUCAUGGCCGGCGUGAAUUGUGGAUUCUGGAGUUCACGAGAAGACCUCCUCCAGUUUUACCGAGUGGAGCGUAUCUUUCACGGUGUGGAGGACGGGGUGCGAAUUCAGGUCCGUUUCGCCGAGUGGGAGCGUGCAUUGGAACGAUUCCUUAAGUGGAGAGAGAUCAAGGAGCCGUCCUGAUGGAAGGCCGCCCUCGCGGCCACCUUACUCAUGGCCGUGCUAAUCAUGAUAGGCUUCUUCAUGGGGGAAAUGUUUUCGCAGCUGGGGGGAAAUUUGGAGUUUUGGGAAUAAAUUGUGUUUUUUUGCACGUGAUUUGCACGAUCGAAUAUCUAAUAUUUUUUUUGUAAUUCAUUGGAGUGUAUAAGUAAAUUUAUUUAUUACCCUUUGCAUAUUAAAAUAGAUAUGGUGAAAUUCGUUAAAUUUCUUUACAUGUGAAAAUUUUCAAUAGAUUUUGCAGAACAAAUUUUUUUGCAAAAAAUGGUUUGCUACAUAAGUAUUGUGCAGGUACAUAGAUUUUAGCACAAUUGUGCAGCAGAGCAUUGGCAAUCCGCACUUGCAAUGUGAUUCAUCAAAACGCUUUUUGAAAUGCCGAAAUUUGACUAACCUAAAUGAGUUAUGAUUAAUAAGGUGAAAUUCUGAGAUAUCCGAAUUUUGUCGUGAGUACGGCCAUUACAAUAUAAAUAUAUAGAUUUUUUCUUUUUUACUUAUUUAUGGGUUUAAGUUUUGAAUUUCUAUUAUGUAAAUCUGAAAUGAGCUUGUACAUAAAUAUGUUAAAGCUAUAAAUUAUUGAUAACGCUUUCUUAAAAAUAAUGUAACACUUUUAAAAAAAAUUACUCGUAAUUCUAAGUUAAGCAAACUUAACCAAAUACAAAGUAACAUUAUGUAACUUGAUCAAUAAAGAACAAAGUUUACUCUG